GUGUGUGUGUGUGUGUGUGUGUAAGAGAGAGGGGAGGGGAGGACUGUGCAUUGGCUGGUCUUUUUCAUGCAUCCUUUGCUUUGAGGGGGAGUGGCUCAGAUUGACGUCACUCACUACGGAGUGUCACACCACCCUCAAACACAAAAGUGGCUUCCUCUCUACGAGCAGGAUGUAAAGCAACACAGCAGUGGCUUUAAUUUUGUUUUCUGCCAGGAUGUGGGUUAGGCAAAGAGCUUAAUUUGCACACAGUAACUUGUUUUAAACUAAAGAAGCAUCAUUAUUAAGACGAGGUUUUUUUUCUUUUUAUUUUUUUAGCUUGUAUCUUUUUCAAACCAAAUCUGUGUUUUGAAAACCGGUUGGAAGAGUUUUUGUUUUUAUUCAUCUAGUAGAACAAGAAAUGCCUACUGUGAGUAGGUAUAUGAGUUUUCGUACAUCAAAGCGAUUUAAAAUUAGCAGCAGCUACCCAGUAGAAGGUGGUGGACUGCCAGCCAAAGCCAAGAAAAGGAGCUCCAUAAGCAAUGGCAGCAUCAAGAAGGUGGAGGCUAAGAAAGCCUUGAGUUUAGAGGCUGCCCAGCUCGAGAUCCAGCAGCAGCACAAAACUCUCACCAGACAAGUAGCCAUCAGGUCAGAGACUUUUGAUGUUGACAACAGGAGCUUUGAGAGGACAGAGGGUACUGGCAUACAAAGUAGCUUCACAAAACACAACAAGACAUUCCACAGAUUGUUUCCAGACAUUCCUGAGAGUGUAGACUUAAUACAUGCAUACAUCUGUGCUCUGCAGCGAGAGGUGCCCUACCACGGUCGACUGUACAUCACUGAGACCCACGCCUGUUUUUACUCCUCAGUUUUGCUCAAGGACACCAAGGUUAUAAUUCCAGUUUCCUCCAUCCUCGCAGUGAAGAAGCAGAAUACAGCUCUGCUGGUACCAAAUGCCUUUUCGAUUCGUACCACAGAAGGAGAAAAGUACCUUUUUGUCUCACUGCGGAACAGAGAAUCGUGUUACCAACUGCUGCGCUCCAUUUGUCCUCAGGUAGAGGACAGUAGCACAACUAGUAGCCCCAUCUUCCCAAUCAAAAACAGCUUUGAUAAGAACAAACUCGAGAACUCCAGCCAGUCCAGUUUGGACGACAGCUUCGACCACACAGAUGGUUCUGGAACUCGGUCCUUGCAGGAUCAGCUUCCAAGAGAAGCGGUGCCUAAUGGUAGCGGUUCAGCUUUCAGGAGUCUGCACUUGCAGCAGAGUGAAAGUUCCUCCUCAGAGGAGCUCUCAGAGUCAGGUGGAUCCUGGGUGUGGAACGUGACUGAAAAAGCCAAGUCUCUGCUGGUUCAGAGAGAGGCCAGCACCCUCAACACCCUUCUCUUCAUUUACUUGAUUUUGGUCGUGCUGCUGCUUCUGUCUUCGGGUUACAUUGGUUUGCGAAUUGUGGCCCUCGAGGAACAACUUUCAUCCCUCGGUGCUCUGCCAGAGUUCACCUUACAGAGCGGGUAUCGCAAAGACACGUAACACUCAGCAAUGGAGGGAGAGAUGGGUGGACUCGUGAUUUGGAAUCAUUUCAGCCUCUUCUCAGCAGAACCCGGAGGGCCAACUUUAAUGUACUCAGACUUCGUAACAUGGCCUGCGCUGUUACACAGAGGAAGAGUGGCCAACCUGUGCAAUUUCAGACAUGUUGACUUGAAAAGCUACACUUCCUCUUUGUGCGGCAACCUGAAGGACAUGUUCCAGCUUCGUCACUCAGAGCCAAGCCAAAAAUCUUCUCACACUGCCUGGUUGCAGCGUGUCUGUUGUUUAAUACCAAAGCCAAAAGGCUCGAGCUCUGCAAGGUGCCUCCCUAGUCAAGUUGUUGGGUACGUUGCUUGCAGAAAAUGUUCUCAUGUGAUUUUUUUUUUUUUCUUUUCUGUUGCCCUUGGUCCUCUUCUCCUUGAGCAUGCAGUCUGAAUAGGGCUAUACCAGUCAGCAUUAGCCUGCUGUAGUGCUUUUUACUGCACCUCAACACUGGAGACAUAGUGCUAUGCAUAGCCAAAGAUGCACACAGUGCACAUCUUUUGCAUGAGUGCACGGGGAUGGCUUUUUCUAUCUCUUUAUAUAACCUUUCAUUCAUGAGCUGUAUAUUCAGUCCUGUCCAUCUUUACAUGCUGUACGUUUUGGGUACUUAAAUGGUUUUAGCCUUUCGGAUCAGCUGUGGGUUGGCAUGAUGACUAAAAACUUACAAAGUAGAUCAGCCCACAGGGGCUGGAUGAUUUCCUGAUGGUCUUACCCUGUCUCUCUCAAAUCGAUGAAAAUUGCAGUAUUACUUUCCUAUCUUUGGCAUGAUUUAAACUUGUUUAAUGAUCAUUGCUCAGUUAUUUAUUUUUUUCCCUUCCAGUCUCUGCUGGAUAAAUGCAUCAUCAUUGCACAAAUACUUUAGCACAAUAAGACACAAGGAAGUUAUCUCAAAGGUUUCCUCAACAGUUUUGUUUUUUUCAUGACUUUGGUCUUCAAGAGUAGAUUUUAAUCUCGUCUGGUUGAAAUGUUUUGUUAAUGUGCGGCCUACCAGUAAAAUGAGCAUUCUGUGCUAAAGCACAACCCUCUCUGUGACCGGCUUCUGGRGGACUAAUCACUAGUAAUGUCUUUUUAAUGCAUGUGUCUGCAGGUAUCGACACUUGACUGAAACUGUUUAUGCAUUGUUGCUCUUGUCAUCUAGAUGAAAUUUUAUAACCAUGUUUGCUGUAAGGUCUCGCAUUUUUGUUUCUAAAGCCAAACAAGUGGUCCUAAAGUCAUUUCAAUAUGCAACAUGCGCAUGAAAAAAAAAAAGACUGUUUGUGUGCAGUUUUUUAAGCGAAGCGUUCAUGUUUGUGGGGAAUAAACUGUUUUAAGAAGAAUAAGAAGUGAGAGGAGCGGCUCAAAUGAGCGAGCGCACUUUAAAAAUGUGUUGUGCCUGUCACGACCCAAAAUGACUUUGUUUGUGCGGGGGGAUGACAAAGCUGGCAUUCUGAGGUAUUUGGUGCUCAGUUUGAAYUUUUAUUGAAAAUUGAUUUCACUCAGGGUUGGUGGGCACAACCUGCCAUGUGGUUUUAACUGUUCCAGCUUGUCAUUUCAUUCAUUUCAUUCAUAAAAUCUUCAUGAUGGGUUUCACAUUUUGCACCUCUUCCUCAAGUUUCACUUUUUAUUGGGGAAUUAAAAAAAACUCACUUGACUUUAAUUGACCUACAUUAAGCCUCUCRGAAUGCUGGCUUUUUCUUUCUUUUCCCGUUUUAUUAUUGUUUUGUACCUAACAAAGCAAAUCCAUACCAUAUUCCAACAUCAGUUGUUGCGGUGACUGAAUCAACUUUUGCUACUUCCUCAUUUAGGAGUGUCCAAAAUAAUGCAAAUGUUUAUACUGAACCACACCACCAGGGGGCAGCACACACAACCACUGUCCUUUUUGRUGACCCAUUUCAAGAUUCUGGAUAAGGGCAGUUUGUGUGUGAUUUUUGCACUACUCAGAGUAUUGUAAAUAAUUUUGUACCAAUUGUUAAUGUUCUUAAAUCCAUUAUGGCUUUCUCUAUAUGUAUUUAUUUGCAUUCUGUGUAAUUUAAAGUGAUCUCUGGGAGAUUGCUUAGCUUACUGUAAAAAUAAAGCAAAUGUUUGGAAAUAA